AUGGCUCAGAAGCUUCAACAGCAGCUCAAAGAUGUCGGAUCGAAGCUCGAGAACCUUCCUACCACCAAAGACACUCUCAUAAAGCUCUUAAAGCAAGCAGCAACAUGUCUUCCCGAUUUGGAUCAAUCACCUCCAAAAUCAGUAUUGGAGUCCAUGCAGCCUUUUCUAAAUGCAAUAGUUAAGCCAGAACUGCUAAAGCAUCAAGAUAGGGAGAUUAAACUUCUUGUAGCAACCUGUAUAUGUGAGAUAACCCGGAUCACUGCUCCUGAGGCUCCAUACAGUGACGAUGUUUUAAAGGAUAUUUUUCAUUUAAUUGUAAGCACCUUUAGUGGGUUAAGUGAUACCAGUGGUCCAGCUUUUGGAAGGAGAGUUGUCAUUUUGGAGACUCUGGCAAGAUAUAGGUCGUGUGUUGUGAUGUUAGAUCUUGAAUGUGAUGAUCUAGUGCUUGAAAUGUUCAGUUCAUUUUUGGCUGUUGCCAGUGAUGAGCAUCCGGAAAGUGUUCUGACAUCAAUGCAAACGAUUAUGGUUGUUCUCUUAGAAGAGAGUGAGGAUAUUCGGGAGGAUCUUUUGCUUAUUUUACUGUCUGUUUUAGGUCGGAAUAAAAAAGAUAUUACAAUGGCUGGACGGAGGCUUGCUAUGAAUGUUAUAGAGCAUUGUGCUGGAAAACUUGAACCUGGGAUCAAGCAGUUUCUCAUGUCAUCAAUGUCUGGAGACAGCAGGUCUUUGAAGCGUGAAAUUGACUACCGUGAAGUCAUCUAUGAUAUCUAUCGUUGUGCUCCUCAGAUCUUAUUAGGAGUUGUUCCAUACCUAAUAGGAGAACUACUGACUGAUGAGCUGGACGUUCGUUUAAAAGCAGUGGGAUUAGUUGGGGACCUUUUUGCUCUCCCGGGAUCUACAAUCCCAGAAACAUUUCAGCCAAUCUUUAUGGAGUUUUUGAAAAGGUUGACUGACAGGGUAGUUGAGACUGAUGAGCUGGACGUUCGUUUAAAAGCAGUGGGAUUAGUUGGGGACCUUUUUGCUCUCCCGGGAUCUACAAUCCCAGAAACAUUUCAGCCAAUCUUUAUGGAGUUUUUGAAAAGGUUGACUGACAGGGUAGUUGAGGUUAGAAUGUCUGUCCUCGAACAUGUCAAGAUAUGUCUUCUGUCAAAUCCUUUUAGGGCUGAAGCUUCUCAUAUCAUCUCUGCACUUGGUGACCGGCUGCUAGACUACGACGAAAAUGUCCGUAAACAAGUUGUUGCUGUAUUGUCUGAUGUAGCAUGUCACGCUCUAACUUCCAUUCCGGUUGAAAAUGUAAAGCUGGUUGCAGAGCGCCUUCGAGACAAAUCUCUUCUUGUCAAAUCAUAUACAAUGGAGAGGCUAGCUGAGAUAUACCGAAUUUAUUGCUUGAACUGCUCUGAUGGGUCUAUUAAAGGAGCUGAGUAUGAUUGGAUUCCUGGGAAGAUUUUGAGAUGUUUUUAUGACAAAGAUUUCAGAUCAGACACGAUUGAACCUAUCCUAUGUGCAUCCUUAUUCCCAAAUGAAUUCUCUGUCAAAGAUAAGGUUGAAAAUUGGAUUAGAGUGUUCUCAGGAUUUGACAAAGUGGAGGUUAAGGCUCUCGAGAAGAUAAUGGAGCAGAAACAAAGGUUACAACAAGAGAUGCAUAGAUAUCUUUUGCUUCGGCAGAUGUAUCAGGAUGGUGAUGCUUCUGAGAUUCAGAAAAAAGUGAUUUUCUGCAUUCGAAUUAUGUCCCGCUGUUUUACUGAUCCUGUGAAGGCAGAGGAGAAUUUUCAGUUUCUUGAUCAAUUAAAAGAUGCUAACAUUUGGAAGAUCUUAACUAUGCUCCUGGAUCCCAACACUAGCUCUAUUCAAGCUUAUAGUUCUCGGGAUGAUUUGCUUGGAAUCCUUGGCGAGAAGCAUCGACUCUAUGAGUUUUUGAGCAUACUCUCUAUCAAAUGCUCAUAUUUUCUUUUCAACAAGGAGCACGUCAAAGAAAUCCUUCUGAAGGCUGACAUACAGAAAUCUGCUGGAAGUACACAGCUCACUCUGUCUUGCAUGAAUAUACUUGUGAUUCUUGCCCGCUUUAGUCCUUUGCUGCUUACUGGGAUUGAAAAAGAUUUGGUGCAUCUACUUGAAGAUGACAAUGAAGUAAUUAAAGAAGGUGUUUUGCACGUUCUGGCAAAGGCUGGUGGGACCAUUCGAGAGCAACUGGGAGUUUCCUCUAGUUCAUUAGACCUUAUGCUGGAGAGGAUAUGUUUGGAGGGUAAUCGAAGGCAGGCCAAGUUUGCCAUACAUGCACUAGCAGCAAUAACAAAGGAUGAUGGGCUCAUGGCACUCUCUGUUUUGUACAAGAGGCUUGUGGAUAUGCUAGAGGAAAAAGCACAUUUGCCUGCUGUGCUACAGUCUCUUGGGUGUAUAGCACAGACUGCUAUGCCAGUCUUUGAAACAAGAGAAAGUGAGAUCGAAGGGUUCAUAAAAAGAAAUAUUUUAGAGUGCAGUGAUAAUGCCGAAGACAAAUCAAAAGAAUGUUGGGAUGACCGAAGCGAACUUUGUUCUUUGAAGAUCUAUGGCAUUAAAACAUUGGUGAAGAGUUAUUUGCCCGUCAAAGAUGCUCAUCUUCGUCUUGGGAUUGAUGACCUGAUAGGAAUGCUUAGAAACAUACUUUCCUGUGGAGAAAUCUCAAAAGAUAUUGAGUCAGGCUCCGUUGAUAAGGCCCAUUUGAGGCUUGCUGCAGCAAAGGCUGUUCUUCGUCUUUCAAAGCACUGGGAUCAUAAGAUUCCCAUUGAUGUCUUUUACUUAACCUUGAGAACUUCUGAGGUCAAUUUCUCUCAAGUUAGGAAACUAUUUCUCGACAAAGUUCAUCAAUAUGUGAGGGAUCGACUUUUAGACCCAAAAUAUGCUUGUGCUUUCUUAUUUGAUGUUGGAUCGCAGCAGCCAGAUCUUGAACAGGACAAGCAUAAGUUAGGUGACAUCAUUCAGAUGUGUCAGCAAGGGAAAGCACGACAACUUUCGAUGCAAAGUGAUGGGAACUCCCCUGUGGUUUGUCCGGAGUACAUUCUCCCAUACUUGGUCCAUGGUCUUGCUCAUCAUUCUUCAUGUCCUAAUGUUGAUGAAUGCAAAGAUGUCAAGGCAUUUGAGCCAAUAUAUAGACAAUUGUAUUUAUUUCUUUCUAUGCUGCUCCAUGGAGAUGAAGACUGUAAGUCAGAAGAUGAUAUUAAUAAGGAGAAGGAGAGUAUUUCGCUAAUUAUUGCAAUCUUUCAAAGUAUCAAGCACUCAGAAGAUUUUGUAGACACAACAAAGUCAAAGAACUCGUAUGCAAUCUGCGACCUUGGCCUGUUGAUCACCAAGCGCUUAGCUAAAAAACAAGAUGAUCUUCAGGGAUUAAUUGCAUCUGUAUCCCUACCUCCAGUGCUGUUCAAAACACAUGAGAAGAAAGGAGAUAAUCCUCUGGUUGAUGAAGGGCAGACAUGGUUGGCUGACGAGAGUGUCUUGGCUCACUUUGAGUCUCUUAAAUUGGAAGCUAAUGGAACUGUUCAUUCAGAAAUUGCUGAGGAUGAGGUUCUGAAAGACAGUGAAACAGAUGGAAAUGAGGUUCCUUUGGGAAAAAUGAUAAAACGUCUAAAAGCCAAGGGUGCCAAGGCAAGAAAAGAUAUUAAAAACAAGUCUGUACCAGCUGGAGCAAAAAAUGAAUAUGAUGUUGAUAUCUUGAAUAUGGUGAGGGAAAUAAAUCUGAGUAAUUUGGACACACCAACUAAGUUUGAAACAAGCAAUGGCCAUGACGAUGCUGCAAUAAAAACUAAAACUGAUCAAAAGCAUGAAAAGAGGAAAAUAAUGGCUAGUGUAUCAACAAAUGUUCCUGUACCAAAACGCCGGAGGUCAUCAACUGCUCAUAGUCCUUACAGAUUGUCUCUCCAAAAGGGCAUUUCGCAAGGUUCUACGCGGGCUUCAGUUGAUAAUUUGUCUCAGGAUGAAGUGUCCUUAUUUGAUUCCAUUGAAAUGGACGAGGACCUUCAUAUUGGUUCAGAAGGUAACAUCUCUUCACAAGUAAAUAUGACUGAUCCAACAGAGUCAGAUUUGUUGGCGUCUUGCUUUCGGAAGAAUUCCAGCUUGGCAUCAAGACAUAAAGGGAAAGAUUCUGAUAAGAAUCAUAAUGAGGUACAUGGAGUUGGAGAAACUGAUGACAAUGAUUUAAAAAAGUUUAAAAAGCUUACAGAGACUGAGAGCACACAUGCAAUUAGUAAUUUGAAGUCAGGAUCUGCCAAGAAGAGGAAAAGAAGAAGUAUUGCAGGGUUGGCGAAGUGCACAUCGAAGGAAGGUGGAACCACGGACUUGAUUGGGUGCAGAAUAAAAAUCUGGUGGCCAAUGGAUAAACAGUUUUAUGAAGGUGUGGUGAAGUCUUAUGACUCUCAAAAAAAGAAACAUGUGGUUUUAUACAAUGAUGGAGAUGUGGAAGUCCUCCGUCUAGACAAGGAGCGCUGGGAGCUAGUUGACAAUGGACGAAAGCCUACAAAGCGGUUAAAUUCUUCAAAGAGCCCUCUUCCUAAAGGAGCAUCACCUGAGCAGAAAAAGAAGUCUUCAGGUGGUUCAAGGCAAAAUAAGAAAUCAAGUGAGAUAUCUCCAUCAGCUAAACUAAGAGGAACACGAACACCUAGGAAAAAAAUUAAGAAUGGAACAAAGGUGGUAUCAAAGGGCAAAAUUACAAAAGAAUUUAGACAAGCUGAUAUCAGAGGGAGCCCAGACGUAUUACACCCUGAGCCGGUUUCUAAGUCCAAAGGUGAUCAUUCGGACUCAGAGGAGCUUGAAAGAAUGGAUAAGAGUUCAAAUGGUGGGGAGGAUUCUGACAAGGAUGAGAAAUCAGUUCCUGAAGGGAAACAGGUGGAAGAUGCUGAUAAUAGCUCAAGUGAUGCAGAAGAGUCCAACGAAGAAGGACCUGACUCUGGAGGGAACCGGAUUACAGAUUCUGCAAGUUCCUCUCAUGAUGCUCAGACUUCUGAGGAAGACGAGCUUUCUCCUUUGGAGAAGAAACAGCAUCCAGAUGUAACAAUGGAAGAAUGUGGAGAGGAAGCCAAUGAUAAUUCAGAGUCUUUGGGUCAUCAAGGAGAUGAGUCUGACAGUCAUCCAGUAGAUCCACGUAAAUCUGACCAAAGAACUUUUGCUUCUGAUGAUUCUGAGGGCACAGAAAGUUGUGAUGAUGAACCACUUGUAUUGAUCUUCAGCCUUCCAAUCAGCAUCUCUGUUUUGUUACACUCUGUAGAUGUUCUAGAUACUAAUUUAUCUCUUGUCAAAUGCAGAGUGUGUGGAAGCAUCGAGUGGGGAAAUCAGUCCAAGGCAAAUAGAUUUGCAUAA